AUGUGUGUAUUCCCGCCAGAGGAGGAUUUGGCUGAAUUUCCUGGAGGGCCGAAGGACACCAGCGUUCUCACAUCGUACAAAUCACAUUUUGCGAGAUAUCAUCGUUUGACACUUGUCCCUGUCAGUCACGGGAAGAAGAUGAAGGAAUUAGUUAAAAUAACGUCGGAUGCACAGUGGUUUAGGGAUACAGUUGAAGCGACUGGCUGUCGUAUGAUUGACCACACCCCAAUAUCAAAAUAUCAGGGUAUUGACGCGCUGGUUAGCCUUCUCAGAGCAGAUCCUAUUGAUGCACAUUCGGAGUAUUUUGAGGAUUUGGAGUUGGUGAGUGAUUAUGCGUGGGGUGUUUCUGCUUUGGCCUUUUUGUACAACGGUCUCUCUGCUGCCAACAUGCCGAAGUGGACAACGGUCACAAGUUACAUGACACUGCUUCAGGCCUGGAUCCAUGCACACUUUCCUCGUAUUUGUGGAGGCGUUCAGGUUUCCAGAUAUGAUGAAUCGGAGUCUGCUGCCAUGAAGUAUAUUCCAACAAAGGGGGAUAUCAUAUCUACGUAUCGAUUGGCACUUGACCGCACACUAGGAUGUGACAUCACAUGGGCGCUAUAUAGUGAGCACUGA